AUGACUGUAACUAUUCAAAAAGAGCUUCUAAAUGGCUCAAAGGUCACAAUUUUGCCGAAAAAGGAGCAAUCCUUGACUUUGGCUAGGAGAGUGGCUGCUGAGAAGAAAGCUGAGGUUCAAAAUUUAUUUUUAGUCUGUUUGGAACUUCACUUUCAAAGCUUUAAGGGUGUUGUAUCAUUUUGAGAACUUGUGAAAAAUAAAUGACUGAUUUUUAAAUUUUUCUAAUGGUAUAAGGAAGCUUAAUCUUGAGGACGAUCCAGUUAGGGCUUUAUAAAUUUCAAGAUUUCCCGAUUUUCAGGGUUGCGAUGAAGCUUUCUACGUCGCAAACUUGGAUAAUAUUAUCGAUCGGUUCAAUUUAUGGAAAAAGGAGCUUCCGAUGUUCGAGGUAAGGCAAGGAAAGCUUCUAAAAUCUGGAAAAAUUCGUUAAUUCUUCCAUUUUUUUCGAGAUCCUGGAUGUAGAUCUAGUACUACUGCAAAAAAUAUGUCUAAUAACUAUGAUUUUCGAAAUUUCAGCCAUUCUACGCCGUCAAAUGCAAUCCGGACCCGGUUUUUCGUGAAAUGUCUGGCCAGCUUGGGAGUUGGGUUCGACUGUGCCAGCAAACAGGAAAUCGAUCUGGUUCAUAACUUUAUUUUAAAUUUAUCCUCCACAGUUCAGAAUAGAUAAGCGCCAAGAAAGCUUAUAGAAAAACUUGAAACUUCAAGAAAAGUUUUUUGAAAUGAAUUUUGAGCUUCUAAAUCUGAAAAUGACUGGAAAAAAAACUGUCCUAAACUUCAAUUUUUGCUGGAUUUUUUCAAAAAUGAAAAGUACCAUGCGAUUUUCAGAAAUGGCAUCAUAUGAAAAACUAAAAAUUGAUUGAAGCUUCGAAAAUUUUUUUCAAAGGUCCUCGAUGAGUUUUGAGAUUUUUUUCUUUUUCAAAAGUUCACCGAAAAAUCGUUUUCUACUUCAUUCACCGCUGAAUUUUCUCAAAUUUUGGAAAUAACUUGAUAUUCUCAAAAAAAAAAUAAUAAAUCCGUGAACUUGGAAUCAUAAAACCAUAAAUUCCACAAAAAUUUCCUAAAAAGUAUCAUUUUGAGGUGACUAAAAUGGGUGUCCGUCCGGAAAAGGUGAUUUACGCUCACCCGUGUAAAUCCACCAACUUUCUCCUACACGCCAAAAAGCUUGAGGUUCAAAAAAUAAUCAUCUCUUUUGAAUUACCUGAUAAGAGUUGUUAAGAUAUCGCUGAUGACAUUUGAUAACGCCGAGGAGCUGGAGAAAAUCGCCGAGCACUAUGAAAAGGCGGAGUUGGUCUUUUUUUGUUGUUUUUAACAGUUUAGGAAAAUUGCUUUCUGUGAAUUAUUGAGUAACAUAACAAAUUUGAACUAUAUAAUAAUAUACAUAUUUGAUUACGUUAAGUUUCAAAAUUGUAUGGGGAAAUUUUUGAACUUUGUUCCGUAGUUUUUCGUACAGCUUCUGAAGAAUAUAAUACUGUUCACUAGGAAACAUUAUUUACCCCCCGUUUGAACUUUUAAUGAAACUUUGCUCAAAUGUACUUUAGAACCGCCUGAUUCUAGAACAAGAAAAAAAUUUCUCGCAAUAGAUCUCGUUUUUCGAGUUAGGACACUUCAAAAGCCCGAAAUAGCGCUUUUUUGGCCUGAUUUGCGUAUUUUGCAUAGUUUGAAGCUCCAUAACUCGGAAACAAGAUCUAUUGCGAGAAAUUUUCUUCUUGUUCUGGAAUUAGGGGGUCCUAAAGUACAUUUGAGCAAAGUUUCAUUAAAAGUUCAACCGGGGGUAAAAAUGUUCCCUGGUCAGGAGAAAAUAAAUAAAUAAUUUAUAGGUAUUUUUCCGAAAAAUUCGCAUAAAAUAAAGUUUAAAAAAAUCAUUCACUAUCCUGAAAGACUUUGACUUUUUGCAAAUGAAGCUUAAUGGCGUCUAUUUUAAUUUUUCGAAGAAGGAAAGAAAUAAUAAUUAAUUUUUAAAAAAAGAAAUUAAUAGUAAAGAAAAAAACGUGAAAAAAAGUAUUUUUUUAUACGAAUUUCCAUUCAUUUUCAAGCUUCUGAAGGCACCAAAUGACUAUUUUUUUCAAUUAUCGAGAAUUUCGAUUUGGUUCUAGGAAUUUCAAAAAAAUACUCAAACUGUGGAAAAAAUGAUACAAUAGGUAAACUAUUUUAUUCUCCCGUAUAAAGAAAAAUUUAUAUAUUUUACUGACCUAAUCAACUUCGAAACUUGCAAAAAAACUGCUUUAGAGCAUCUGUUUUCAGUUUUUAAUUCCAAAAAAAAGUUCGAUAGAGAUAAAAAAUUUGAGAAUAUAUAAUAUUCAAAUCUAUUUAUCAUAUUUAAGCUUUUGAGUAAACCAAAAAGCCAGUUUUUCGGUGGUAUGAAAAAAACACCAGCGAAAAUUUUAGCGACUUUUCGAUUUUUUCAUAUCGCUAGGGAACUUUCCGACGGCCACCUUUCCGACGAAUCUUUUUUUCCGACUUUUUUUCUCCAUAAAAUCUUCGUUUUAAAUCUCCCUAUAUAAAGUAGGUAGUUGGUUAAUGAUUAAAACACAAAGAAAUAGAAAAAAACAAUUUGAUAGAUGUUUUAAAAAAACCGAAAAAUAUAAGGGAAAAAAAGUCGAAAAAGGGAUUCGGCAGAAAGGUGGCCGUCGGAAAGUUCCCUAGCGAUAUGAAAAAAUCGGAAAAGUCGCCGUUUGAAAUUUCGCUGGUGGUUUUUUCGUACCACCCAGUUUUCACGUAAAAAUCGUCGAAAUGUGGCCAAACAUUAUUUUCAAAAUAUAAGCCCAGUAAAAAGUAGGUUAAUUCCAACUAGAUAGGAAUCAUUCCAUAUAUUUUUAUGGCUUUCAAAACUUCAAUAAAUGCCUGAGAGCAUCUUUUCUAUUUGAAAUUCAAGAAAUAAUCCCAAUUUAGCUAUAAAAUGAGCCACUGGGAGUUUUGAAACUUCUCUAACUGUGCACAGAAUAAUAAUUCUAAAGGAAGCAUUAGUUUUUCCCACCUAGAAAGAAACCAAGUUUUAAAAAAGUAACAAAGAAACAACUUUAAAUAUUUUCUUUCCCGAAAUCUCCAUUUCCAGGCUGAUAAUCCGGAUCGGCGUUGCCGAUCUGACGGCCAACUGUCAGUUGAGCGUCAAGUUCGGCUGUGAUCCGGAGCUGGAAGCUCCAGACUUGCUCCGAAGAGCCGCCGAGCUCGGGCUCAACGUCGCCGGCGUCAGUUUUCACGUCGGCUCCGGUUGCAACGAUCCGACCGCCUUCCGGACGGCUUUGAAGCACACGAAACGGCUUUUUGGCUUGGGUAAACGCUUAUUAAUUAAACUAGGCAAUACUAAUAAGUUAGUUCACUGCUAAAUUCACAGAAAAAGGCGUGGUAAAAAAUCUAACCAAGGAAAAAAUUCAAUCAAUAACGGAUACAGAACCACAGAAAUGCUUUUUGGCUAAUCAGGGAGUGUUCCCGGCUCACAGUGGGACUUCAAAAUUCCGACUUCGAAAUUCCGAAUGAGACAAGGUUUUCUAGAUGUAGUUUUUAACGCUGAUCCCGAAUCUGGUCUCAAAAACUGCCCACAAGGUCUUUGAAAAAAGUCAGAGGCUCUCGAAGUCGAAAGAUCCUGAUUGAGCUCCUUUUUCAUUUGAGAUUAAUUUUAUCAAUUUUUAAUGAAAGAGGUUUUUUUCAAUGAUCUCGCAUUGAAAAAUCAAAAAGAAAUAAAAACGUUCUAAACAUGAAAAAGUCAAGUUUGCGAGAAGAAAGUACCGGAAAACAGGCUACUUGAACGUUCUCCUUACGGCUAGAUAAAUAAAUAGUCAAUUUCAGUUCCUAUACUCAAUACCACUUGUCUUUUUUUCUCAAAAAAGUCUAUGAAAUGAAUAAUUUUUUCAAAAAAGGCGAUGAAAAAAGUAUUGAAAUUAUUUCGAUUUCAUUUUUUCUUACUUGUAAAUUUCUAUGUAGAAGGGGAAGUGAAAAAAAUUUUUGAUAAUAGAAAAUAAAAAAAUUCAAAAUUUCAAGUGAAUUUGAAAACUUUCCCUUCUUUUCAUUAAGCCAAUGAAAAAUUAGUGAAAGAAGUUUAUUUUUAAAUCAGAAAAAAAUCAUAAUUUUCACAGUAUGAAUUUUUUUAGAGACAAGCUUUGAAUUUCUGUUACUUUCCUAUUGCGAGAAAACGAAUUUUUCCUUAUUUUUAGUCCGAUUUCUAAGAGAAAAACUAUCAUUUUUCAUUAGAAACAGUACAAUUUUUAAAAUUCAAUUCAAGCUUGAAAUUCCGUGAAAUUUCAGGAGCUUCCCUCGGUUUCAACAUGAAAAUGAUCGACGUCGGGGGCGGUUUUCCCGGAUCCGACCAUCAUUUAUCAUUUGAAAAAGUGAACUAUCUCUGAGAGAUAAUCGAAUAAUUCUCUGAUUAAGAUCGCUGAAGUGCUUCGAAAUGGGGUGGAAGAAUAUUUUGGCGAUUCUCAAGUUCGAUUGAUCGCCGAGCCGGGAAGGUUAGGGUUUAUUUUCAAUUGAAAUUUCAAGUUUUGCAAUUUUAUCGUUGGAAACGGCUGGAAAAUACGGAAUUUCCAAAGAAUCAAUAUCAACUCAUCAUGAGGAGCGUCGUGAAACUUAUCAAAAACUCCAUAAGUUUAAAAACUCUGUUACUCUAUUAGAGUUUUAUGGGUUUUUGAAAGUCAUUAUCGGCAAAAACUGCUCUUUUCCAUAGGCAAAGUCAGAAGGACCUUUUACGGGCCCUUUUAGCGUCCGUUAUGAAUGCAAAGGUUUCCAUUAAUUGUUCCUAAACGGGUUGCAACGGUUUCCUUUUACUGCCUUUUUCCGUCCUUUCAUCCUUUCCGAGGCUUUUUAGUCCACCAACAAAGAAAGGCAUAGGCAAAGUCGGAAGGACCCUCCGAGGGUCCAUAAAGGACCAUAGAAAUGUUCCUUUUAGGGUGAUGAAGGCUCUCUUUUUGCUGCCUUUUAGCACCAUUUUCACAGCCCUUAUGCACCAUUUUUGCUGCCUCUCCCUUUCUCCACCAUUUCUCGAGCCUUUAAAAUCCCAGAAAAAUGUAAGGCUCGAUAAAGGGAGUCUCUUUGCUGCCUGUCUGCGGCCACCCCCUCUUUGCACCCGUUUUCCGCACUUCCGACUUAG